AUGUUUGCAAAUUUUCAAUCAAUUAUUCUGGCGUCAAUUAUAGCUCUCGCAUCAACAGGUAAAUCUGGAAUUACAGCAAAUUUUCAUUGCAUUUUUUGUUUCAGAAGUUUGUCGCCCAAAUGAACUCAAAGAAAAAACCUUAUUUUCGCCGUAUUGCACAGAAUUUGAUGGAGAUUUGUAUUUGGAUGAUUUUUAUGAAAAAGGUUCAAAUUUCAGCAAUUUGGUUAGUUUUCGAGAAUUUUUGAUUUUGAUGGAGAAAACAUUUAUAAAUUUUUUAGGAAUCUAUCACUGGAUCUUUGAUUUUGAUUGGUUCAGAUUUCCGAAAACUUCCAAAAUUCUCAAAUUUGAAGACGAUUUCUUCAGAUGGACCAGGUAACGAGAUUUUGAUUCUGCCCCGAUAAAACAAUGAAAAAAUCAGUCAAAUUUCCUGAAAAGUGGGCUGGUCUAAAUGCAACCACCACGUAAUAUUUUCAAAUCUUCAAUUCAAAUUGACGUAUUUCAGCUGUCAUAAUCAUAAACAAUGAGAAACUUCUCGAAAUAACUGGUUUAUUCAUCAAUUCCGAAUUGAAAAAUCGCCUAAAUUCACCAAAUGAUUAUUUUAUUCGAAACAAUGAACAACUCGAUUUAUCGAUUUAUUCAAAACUAGUUUUCAAACCAUUCAAACCAAUUAUUUCCGAAAACUUUUUGCCAUCUGGAACUGAUUUAUAUUUCGCUGAAUCACUUACACUUGGAACUGCUAUUAUUUGUUUUCUAACUGUUGCCACACUAUUUUUGUAUAAUGCAAGUAUGGGAGCUACUGUAAGUUCAUUUGUUUUUGAUAAAUAACAAUUUUUAAUCACAAAUUCUUUUAGAAUCUCUAUUUCAUUCCUGGAUAUCAUCGCCGUUAG